AUGACUUACACGGAUAAAAUUAAUUCGAUCGACCGUCUAUCAGGAAAGACAAAAGCUAUAUAUGCACUUCAGCGCCUUCGAAUGACACCGAAACUCUUACUUCACGGCCGGUUUCAUAAUCUUGCAUCGCUUUUGGAUAACCAAAGAGCCGUGCGAAAGAUAUACCAACGUCAUAUAGCUUCGACUAAGAAGCGUGAUAAAAUAUCCUCCAAUGCCCCAAAGAAGGAUUCAACUGAUUCAAUCGAAGCGUUCUUAGACGUGCUUGAGAAGGAGGCUGAGGAACUCUGCCUUAGCAUGAAGAAGCUCUGGGUUUCCGAGGAUGACUGA